UCCUCAGCUCAGCGCGGUUAUGACAGCUUGUCGCGCUUCUUCUGAACACGGUUUCCUCUGAUUAACAACGUAUAAUCAGAAAUUUCUUCAAGUUUGCUUUGUCCACAGAUGUCGCGACAGCAGUGUGGGGAAAGUGCAAGGGCAGGGAGGACGAAUGCCCACUCUUUUUUCUGACAUAGGUUUAAAAACUGCUUGCCAGGUCUUUUGGGGAGACCGGCACCAGCGUGAAGAGCAAGAAUGACCAUGCGAUGUUUAUCGCUGCGACUAAGACGAAAGCAGUUCCUUCCUUCCCUCCUGUCAUUGCUGACUAUAUCCAUCCUGCUAUUGGUCUGUGUCAAGCACGGCUACAUCACUGAACCUUCACAUAUUGGUACAGACAUGCAGAUAAUUCCCAAGUACAAUAUUGAUUGCUCUGCUAUUUAUGACAUGGACCCAGUGGAGGUGGGGAAAUCUCUGCUGAUCAAAAAGAAAGACGUUGUGGAGAGUAAAGAUGAAAGUCUAGCUUAUCUUACCUCUAACUGUACUUUAUUCAGAAAGUACAGGGGUUAUGAUAAUGUGUGUGCCACAGAAGAGGAGCAAGACUUUCCUAUUGCUUAUUCUUUGGUUGUGCAUAAAUCUGCCUGGAUGGUAGAGAGACUCAUCAAUGCACUGUACUCACCCAGUAAUAUCUACUGUAUCCACUAUGAUCAAAAGUCCUCUGCUCAGUUCAUAUCAGCCAUGGAGGGUUUGGCCCAAUGUCUGCCCAAUGUCUUCAUUACCAGCAAGAAAGAAUCAGUAUAUUAUGCAAGCAUUAGCCGAUUAAAGGCUGAUCUCAACUGUCUGUCUGACCUUUUGGGUUCAGAAGUCAAGUGGAAGUAUGUCAUCAACCUCUGUGGCCAAGACUUCCCUCUCAAGUCCAACAUGGAGCUAGUGUCAGAACUAAAGCAACUGAAUGGCAGAAACAUGCUAGAGACGAGCCGACCCACACCAGCUAAGAAACAACGGUUCACCUUUCACUACGAGCUGAAAGAUGCCAGCUUUGAAUAUCAAAAACUGCCAGUGAAAACAGAGUAUGUAAAGAACCCACCACCACACAAUAUUGAGGUGUUCUCUGGAAACGCCUACUUUGUACUUUCCCGGAAGUUCAUUGAGUAUAUGAAUGCCUCAGGUGUAGUGAAAGAUUUUUUGUCCUGGUCAGAGGACACCUACUCCCCAGAUGAACACUUUUGGGCAACACUUGUGCGACUGCCAGGUGUCCCUGGAGAGGUGCCUAGAUCCAAGCCUGAUGUUACAGACCUGAUGAGCAAAACCAGGCUGGUGAAGUGGCAGUACCUGGAGGAGCAGCUGUACCCACCGUGCACAGGGACACACGUUCGCAGCGUUUGUAUAUUUGGUGCUGCGGAAAUGCGUUGGUUGCUGAACUAUGGCCACUGGUUUGCCAAUAAGUUUGACCCCAAAGUGGACCCUGUACUCAUUCAGUGCCUUGAGGAGAAGCUGAAGGAAAAGCAGAAGUUAUUUCAAUCAGUGUCACUGACUUGUCGUAAAGGUUAAAUGAUGGCUAAAAUGGAUCAGGAACAAAUAUUAUGUUCUUUCAGUGAUUUUUCAAAUUUGACUGCUAUUUCUCAUACAUCAUUAUCUUUGAAGUUACAAAUCAACAUAAUUGAUUAUUUAUAAUGAGCUAUAAGUAAUAGCGAAGGGGACUAAUCACUGUUUUCUGGUCUUUUAGAAACAAAAGUUUAAGUGGGAAAGACAAAAUGCAGUGUUGAGAUAUGAAAAUGGUGUUUACAGCUCUAAUAUGUUGCAUCGGCACUGUUUGUUUAAGGAAAGGUCUGGCCGAGCUGCAUUCUUUUCUCAGGGUGUUCUCUCUCACUUGAGUCAGUUGUUUAUCUACAAAGACAAUGUUGGUUUUAUGGUAAAUGGUAAAUGGAUUCUUAUAUAGCGCUUUUCUACUCUCCCGGAGUACUCAAAGUGCUCUAUAAAUUUUAUGCAUUUUUUUAUGUAUUCAGUUUUUAAGAGAUUUAUUUCUUAGAUUUCUGUCUUCAUAGAAAAGUCCAGUUUACAAAAACACACCCAUGAGGAACAUGUCUUAGCAGAAACAGUCGUCUGCUUCUCAUUGUGAAUGGGGAAAACAGGGAUAAUAUUUGUUUUUGUUAAUUGGUUGAAUGAGAGGUAAUGAGAGGUAAUUAUACAAUAAUGACUGGUUACAUUUUAAAAGCUAACAUGCUCUUGCCUGUUUCUGACCGAUUCCCUUUUCCUCUGAUACAUGUGUUAACGUUUUACUACAGAUUCAGUUUUUGGCUCAUUCUGAUGGUGCUCUUGCAAACUAUAAUAACAAAAUAUUAUUUCCUCAACACACAGCAUGCUAUCUGGACAGCCCCUUUUUCCAUGAAAUGCAAUCGAACACAUUGGAUUGGUUUUACACAGAAUACUGUGUAAAACAGAGGAGAGGUCAUCUAUUCUAUGUCAUCUAUUCCUCACAAAUUAAUCAAGAACUAAUUUGUUUGCAACAAUCGAACUGGUGGAUGGAUACAAGCUGCUUUAUUAAGGGUUGAUUCCAACUACAUAUGUAAUGCAGGUUUGCAUCAAACUAUAACGUAAAUUGGAAAAAUAAACAGCCUCUCAGUGAUAGACUGUAUAUAAAAGAUUAACAGAACUUGUUAGGUUAUAAAAGUAAAGGUCAUGGAGGAAACCAAUGCAGUAUGUGCCUGUUGAUGGGGAAAUAAGCCCGAUGUUCAUCUGAUAUGGCUUUAUCAAGUGACCUGCUUUAAACAUGUCCUUAAAUAGUUCCUUGUGAUUUUCUAGUCUUUGAUGCUUGAGUUGAGUUGAAUACAACAAGGUGUUCAUUUUACAAAUUAUGGUCCUCAAAUAAAGUGAAAAAUUACAACAUGA